AUGCAAAAUGCAAGGAAACUGAGGGGUAGCUUCCUUACCACAAGACUCAAUUAUAAUGAUAACGAGCUAAGCAAAGGUAACAAAUUCAACAAGGUCAGAGAAACGGCCAUUCAACCAUAUCCCACCUCUGCAAAGAAACCCAAAACACAUAUCGAAAAACAGGAAACUAGUAUGAUUCCAAUCAGUACCAGCAACAUAUCGACAAAAAUGACAGAAACUACUUCUUCACAAGAACUAAAUAAUAGAGGAAACAUGAUGACCAAACCUACCGAAGCGCCAACCAGGAAAGUGAUAGGAAAUCCACAAGAUCAGAUGAAUUCGAUACUGACAUGGACAGCGACACAGACCUGA